AGUGCUGCCCCCUCCUCCCCCAGUCCUCUGCCUCUUUUUCCUCUGCUCCUAUCGCUCCUCACCACCUCUUCUCAUCACCCACCACCUCCUCAACUGCCCUCUCCUUUUCAUCUCCUCCCACCCAUCUCUUUGUUUUGAGAUGCGCAUGGUUCAGGUUCACGUUAAGGCCUUAGUUUCGAGCCAUAGAGAUGGUUUAGUGUAUGGUUAAAUGAGUUGUCUGAGAACUCUUUGGAUACUUUUAUGGUUUAGAGUUAUGGUUGGACGUGGGUGUUGUGAAAUGUACUCGUACCAGAGUCCGAUAUGGCUAAGGUUGCUUUUACGCUUAGGAAUGUGAUGUUGGGUUGUUGUUUUGAGUGUACGGCUUAGAGAUAUGGUUAGGUUUGUGUGACCGUGGUUCAGAGUUUGUAUAACUCGUAAUAUUAUAGCAAUCCAGCAGAGCUACACAGUCCUUGGACUCUUUUUUCAGGAGGGGUCCUGUAUUGCAUUCUUAUUUUCGGAAGUUUUCAGCCAAUGAACGAGUGCUCAUACAAGUGGAAGGGCAACCGCGACACCCGGACGUAACCCCCACGCGCGCGAGAAAGGACAACUCUAUCCCCGUACAGAUUGAAAAAAAUGGCGAUUAGCCCACUUGCUGCGCUUCCGCCUCCUGGCGAGCCGGAAUAUGACAACCGCCUCCACGGCACCCACGGCUAGAUUGGGGGUUUCACAACAGCAACAACAUCAACAUCAUCUGUAUGUGCGCGGUAAUCCACCAACCCUCUUACCUGCACAGCUCUGGAGAUUACCGGCGAGCCCCACCGUGUAGCCCCCCCCCACCCAUCCAACGCCUUGAAAACUAAACUCUAAACUAUUACAUCUGACACCGUGACAUCGAAGCGCAGGCACCCCCCAAAGCGCGGGGUCCGGGGCGGUCACCCCUCCCUCCCAUUCACCCCUCCCUCCCAUUCACCGUACCCGAGGAAAGGCAUCUCGUAGCCACCACCACUACCACCACCGCCCCUCUGCAUGCAGCGCCAUUGCGAUGAGACCUCACCCCGUGUCUAUUGUGUAACCCUGCCCCCCCCCCCCCCCCACAUUUAAAUGUUUAUUUUAGCCGAGGUCACGGGACGUGGAGGGGGGGAGCGCUGUGUAACGCGACCUGCGUUGCAGGGGGGCGGGCUGGAUGCAGCUAAUUAGAGCUCAUUUAAGCACUUGCUCCAUCCGCCAGCGGCCCGCCUUCAUCUCCCCAGGGCUGAUGUCCACACGUGCUGUCAUGUUAAGGCCGAGUUGACCUAUCGGCGGCUCAGAGGCCGGAUCAGAAAUCACUUUGGAUGUUAGCCGUGGCCUGGGAGUCGAACUCGGUUUGUUGGGGUUCGUCGAGCAGCGUGCUCACCACUGCGCCCCCUUCCCCACACACGCACGCGCGCACUUUUAUGUGAGAGGGGGGCGGAUGAUGUCAUCCGUUGUACCCCCGCUCUGCCUCCACUCCAUAUAUGGGCAGUGACGAGGGGGGGGUUCCCUCCCCCAGACCCCCUCCCCUUCGGAUCCCCCUCCCCGCCCCCGGCUAUAAAUGCCCCCCGCGCUCCUCCACUCGUUGAGAUAAUCCGAGGAGAGAGAGAGGAGGGAGACAGGGUGAGACGUGGAGACAGAGACACAGAGACAAACAGACACACAUAGCAACACACAUUUAUCCGCACCCAGAUACAGACGCACAGACAUGUACAGGGAGAAAGACAUGCACACACCACAUACACAGCCACACCUUCAAAUACAUACAAAGAUCAUAAUCCCUCGAAUAGCCUCUGGCAGGCUGUUGGGGCAAGUGCUGGUAACGAGCACAGACACACACAUAGCUACACACAAAUAUAGCCACACGAACACACAGUAAGACGAAGACCUACAGGCAGUGACUCAGUCACAAGCACAUUGACGCAGUGCCACUCGACAACAUUGACACCGAAGCUCUGCUAACAGUGACACGCUAAUAACAGUGAUACACACCGACACAUUUACACUCAGCGACUGACACAGGUUCACUGCCACACACCGACACCCGAAUGCACACUCGCACUGAUGAAACGCACCGACACACUCUCUGACACACACAUUGGCACACACACACACCUCCACCACCUCGCAUCUCUCCCUCUCUCUCUCCCUGCCACCAGAGGAAGUAAAUCUGCUCCUGGGAUCCACAAUGGUCCUCCCCCCAUGCGGGCAACGCGGAGGACGGGGGCAGCCGGGAGGGCUCGAAGGCGCUCGAAGGGGCAGGGAUGCCCUGGGAGGGAGGUACACGCUUCUGGGGGCACUGGGGAGCGGCACGUACGGCAAGGUUCACAAGGGCGUGGAGCGACUCACGGGCCGCCAGGUGGCCAUCAAGACAAUCCGCAAGGACAAGGUGCCGGGGGAAGAUGGCAUCGCACGCAUCCGCAGGGAGAUCCGCCUCAUGGCCACCCUGCGACACCCCCACAUCAUCGGGGUCCACGAGGUCCUGGAGAGCCGGGAGCGCUUGGUGCUGGUGCUGGAGCUGGCAAGCCGUGGGGAGCUCUACGACCUCGUCUCCCACGAGCGGAGGCUGCCGGAGGACGAGGCCCGCCGCCUCUUCCGCCAGAUCGUGUCCGCCGUGCUCUACUGCCACCAGAAUGGUAUCGUCCAUCGUGACCUCAAGCUGGAGAACAUCCUCCUGGACGAGAGCUACAACGUGAAGAUCGCCGAUUUCGGCCUCUCCAGCGAGUUCGGGAACGGACGUUUGCUGAGCACGUUCUGCGGCAGCCCCCUGUACGCAUCGCCCGAGAUUGUCAACGGCACGGCCUACCUGGGGCCCGAGGUUGACAGCUGGGCGCUGGGGGUGCUGCUCUACAUCCUCGUCUAUGGCUCCAUGCCCUUCCACGGGCGCCAUCUGAAGGCACUGACACGGCACAUCAGCCGCGGAGAGUACGCAGAACCGGCACAGCCGUCCGACGCGUGCGGGCUCAUCCGCUGGCUGCUCAUGGUGAACCCGGCACGCCGGGCCUGCGUGCGCGAUGCCGCCGCUCACUGGUGGGUCAACUUGGGCUACGACACCCCGCUCGGCACGAGCUGCGACGAGCCCCCCACCGCCGCCGCCGCCACCGCCACCGCCACCACGCUGCCCAGUUCUCUCACGCAGUGGCUCUCCGACGGGGACCUCGGCGAGACCGGUAACCCCGAGGACUUAGGCGACCCCAAUACGGCUGCUGACCUCCAGCCGUUGGUCGGAGAUGAUGGCUCCCCCUUGCCGGCCUCGCCGAUGCCUGACCGGCAGUGGAGCGAGGGUGACGACACUGCUGCCGCCACCACCACCACUGCCGUGGCUCCACGGCCUCUCAUGCAGUGGAUAUCUGAUGGGGACCACGGUGAGACCCCUAAAAGGGGCCCUGGGGACCCCAACACGGCUCCUGGCCAUCAGGCGUUCAUCCGAGAUGAUGGCACCUCCACCGUGGCCUUGUCAGCACAAGAACAGUGGUUACACAUUGCCACCACCACCAACGCCACCACCACCGUAAUCACCGCACAGGGGCAUUAUGGGUCAUCACCGGUGGGCUAUGUAGCCCGGCAGCCCCCCAAAGGGAUUCUCAAGAAUCACGGAGGUCUCCUGCCAGACCCCGAGUCCUCCGAGGACGCCGCGUGGACCCCAAUGGCACCGGUGGGGGUGGUGAAGGACACCGGUGCCCGGUGGCGGGGUGUGUCAGCGAGGGCGCUGGACGGGGCGGGCGCGGUGCCGCGUUGGCGCACGAGGGGGUCGUGUCACGCGGCACCGCGGCGAGCGUGCUGCCCCGAGGGCAGCUGCCCCACGUCCUCCUCCCCCACCAUUCCUGUGCUUCCCCCGCCGCCCAGGAGCAUCCUCAAGGUCAACGGGAGGUGUUCGACGAUCCGGGACCCGCAGAUCGAGCACGGCCGCGAAUUCGUGGUCGAGGAUGACGUGACAUCGGCGGGACCUGCGGUGGUGAUCGACACCGACAGAGGAGGACCUGGGCACUCGGUUCAGCCCAGGGGACCCCGAUCUCUCCUGGGCCCCCACUUGAGUGACCUCGCAGCGGGGCACCUGGUGGACGGGCGAGGGGCAGCGACGUGAUUGGAUCGUGGUUGUGGAUUUCCGUGGGUGGGUGCUCGGGUUGCCUUACCCGUAAGACCGGGACACACCGCGGGAAGAAGAUUAUAUCGCAGGAGCAGAAGAGGGGAGACCUACAACGUGUGAAUGCGUUGUCUCGAGUGGUGCGGUGCUGGUAUUAUUAUUAUUGUUGUUAGUCAACCGACAAACACUGGGACUUUGAAUGUUCCCAGAAGACUCACAGAUAUCUCCACACAGCAGCUGCCUCGACAAAGAGGACCAUCCUGGGAAAACCAGAGCACGAAGCAAUCGUUCACGCCGCCGUGGAGAAUAUGCGUCGAACAGAAUAAAUGAACGCACGUCUAAAAUAAUAAAAAAGUUUCUUUUUAUUCCACGUCUCAUCGGCCACACGGCCUUCAGGGAGCGCAAUAAUUCCAGCAGCAUUGGUUCAAGCAACAGCCUCGACUGGUUUCGACGUUCAGUGUCUCAUCAGCAGAGUCGGGCUUGGCUUAAACAAAUGCCGGUGAAGUGCCAUGACGGGAGGCAUCUUGGAGUGGGCGUGGAUCAUUAAGGAGCGUGUACCUGCGUUGGGGUUUCCACUGUAACAGUGUCAAGUCGCAAAUCUGAGACGGUUCAUAUUUGCCUAAUUCAUAUUUAUUCCGUAAUCUUCAGUCGUAACCUUGCUGUUAAUCGCCUUGGCGACAACGCGCGCCCGUGUGCGACUCCCGUUCCGACACGCUUCGCUGCUACUCUCUGCAUGCAGUCCCAGAGUAGACGAUCUCGCUUUGUUAAUGACUUUGUAUGGUUUAUCUAAAUAAGUAUUUAUUUUACGAGCCAUUUGUUUGUGAAAACCGUAUCCAUGUCUCCCGAGUGAAAUUACGUUUUAUCGUCUACAAAGGGCAGGGUGUUAUCCUCGUGUGCUGCCACCACUGUCAUCCGUUUGUCCCGUAUAGGGCACACUGAUGACAAUGAUGUAUGUAUGUAUGUUGAGCCUCUUUCGCACCGUACGUAACCAACCGUGCCAAUCGGAGGUGCGGGGGAAAGAUGACAAACUAAAGAUGACAAACUAAACACGCACAUAAAAUGAUGCUGUGGUCUGGUCUGUAAGUAGCUCUGGGCGAGGUUCUCGAGUAAGUUGGUAUAUUUGUUAUCACGCACUCUUACGAGUUCCACUUUAAGUAUUAUCCCUCUUAGGAAUUCCGAGGUGUUAUUCAUCUGAGGAAUUCCUAGGUGUUAUUUCUCUUAAGAAUGGCACUUAGGAAUAACACUCUUAAGUUGCAAAACUCGCUCAGACUCGGGGACGGAUCCCGAACAUCUGCCGCUCAGUAACCAAGUCCUUGGUCCCCGACCCGGAGACCCCGGUCAAACUGGGCUGGCCGUAUCACCGCACGAGGCUUGCACGUGGGCAGCAGCAGCAGGGUCACCACGAGGUGCGGAUAUUAGCUGCCGUCGACUGGGCUCCGCGAGAGGAUGGAGCGGGUUGAUGACGGGGACUCUUGUAGCCGUGCAGGCGUAGUUUGUCGGCGCUGCUAUGUUUGUGCUGGCAAAGUAACUAGCAACAAGUCUGGUAUCGGGUGAACAAGGCACGUUGUGUCCUGACGUUAUUACUUCGUCCUAUGAAGGGUCAUUGUCCGAAACGUCGCCUUAUCUACACUUUCAUUUUGAGGCCGCAGUGCAAUUGACGAUUUGGCUCGUGUGCAGGAGUGAGGCGGAUCGUGGCAUCUCGAGACAAGGCGAGCAUCCAGAAUUAAACGAAACAAAAUAAACAAUUUUCAUUUUACCAGGUAAGGCCCACUGAGCUGUGUAGCUCUUUUUCAGAAGCGAAU